UCAGUACUCACGCUGUGAAUCCUACACCGCAGGCAUCUUUCUCGAGUUCAGGGUUGUAGAGACCCUGCCGCGCGGGCAAGGCCUCCGCCCAUCCAUAACCCCUCUCUGGCUUGUACACCGAGUACUCGUGCGGCUGCUCUUCUAUCGUGUUUUCAUAGAUAUCCUCAAAGUGACCCAUUCUUCCGCCGGCGACCGACAGAGAAUGCAAUGACUAUCGAUUUUUCUUUUUUUAGUGCCUAUUUAUUCGCCGUCUUCUGUGUCCGCGGGCGGGGUGUUCAGAAAGCGGGACGAUAUAAGAUAAGGGGAUGUCGUCACGACAACCGGGGGGUGGUCAGCGACAACGCUACUGGGAAGGGGUAUAUAGUAAAAAGAAGAAACGUCUAUCAACCCAGCGGCUCGCUGUUCAGAGGAAUCGAGAAAGGAGUGAAGCAGAGAGAAGAAGAGAGGGAAGAGAAGAGUAAGAGGAGAGAGAAGAGACCGACACGGGCAGGACCGGCAAUUCAAAUGGUCUGGGUGAGCGGCCCAAAAAAAGACCACGGGCUGUGGGGUUGUUGGAGACUCUUCCGCCGUGGCAAAUGGAUCUCAAGCGUUGCUGCAAGCUGGUGACGGGAGCAGAGCUAUGCCUGGAUGGUUUGGUCCGAGAACAGUCAGGUCAAUGUGCCUUUUUUACCUUUCUCUGCCUGUCUAUCCCGCUUCUGGAGAAGUUACAAUAAUACAGUCUGCAGG